CAAGUUGUGUCGAAUUCGGGUGUUUCACAGGGCCCCCUCAGACACAAAUCGGCAAUUCGCCUCUUACACGAGGAAGGAGAGACGAAUAUUAUCACUUCCCAUCUUUGAAAGUGGCGUAAGCGGUUUCAAGCCGCGGGCGGGUAGCAGGCUAGGCACUCAUCCUUAGUGUUAGGCAUGGCACCCAAGAAGAAGGCUGGUGGCAAGAAAAAGAAGAAGGAUGAUGGAGCUGAGCCCCCCCACGACGCUUGCUGGGAGCGGGCGGUCGAGAGUGGAGUUUGGGAAAAACCUGUAACCGAUUUACCGGACGCAAACACUUGGCCUACGUGGGGCGCCUUGCGCGAGCGCGUGCUGACAGCUUGCCGAGAGAUUAAGAUCCACAAUACCGCUUCGCUCCGUGAUGCAUUCGCCAAUGAGAUCGUGAAGCUCUCCCCCCCUGAGCUCACCCUGGUGGAUCUGCGGGGCUCGUCCAAUUUGAGGAACUUCACGUUGUCGCCCAUGGCCACCUGCCCCAAGCUGGCGGACCUAGACCUCUCGGAGUGCUCCUCGCUAGAAUACGUGCUGCUGCAGAGCCAGACCCUGCGGUCAGUCAACCUGCGCAAGUGUGGUGCGCUUACCAAGGCGCUCAUACAUUGCCCACGGCUAAACAAGCUGAGCAUAACGGAUUGCGCUCAGCUUGAAACAAUUAUGCUGUGGACGGACGAGCUGACGGAGCUUGACCUGACCGGCUGCAACAACCUGUCCGUGGUCAAGCUCCAGUGCCCCAACCUGCUCGACUCCAAGAUCCCGCCGCUGAACCUUCCGCCGGCGCAUGUCAAGCCCACCCACCCACCCAUCUCAUCGCUGCUGAAGGAGAACCUUACGGCCGCGGCGCACAAGGCUGCCUCCGAAAAGGAACAGCAGGACGCCAUCAAGGACACCACGGAUUCAAUCAUCCCCCACGUCUUCCGGCCAUUCUAG